AUGAAUAUUCGCCAGCAUUACCCAAAUCAGUGCAUAUUUAACGCCUUCACCGCCGCUGUGGUAGAAGCCUGUGACGGUCUUGAUGGUGUUACCGACGGUGUCAUCAGCAACUUUGCUGCGUGCAAGUUCGACCCCAAGACCAUGGUCGGCACUCGGGUGAACUGUAGCGGCACAGAGCUGACAAUAAUCGAGGCAGACGCUGAGAUAGUUGCGGCGACAUGGCAAGGGCCUCGAACACAGAAUGGAGACUUCGUCUGGUGGGGUAUCCAGCCAGGGACGCCUUUCUCAGGCUUAAGCAACACCGUUUGCACAAACGUUACAGACUGCAAACCUGUUCCAUUCUCUAUCCCGCCGGAUUGGAUCAGCCGGUGGUGUAUCGGUGACGCGAGCGCCAAUCUGACCGCACUCACUGUAGACGAGUUCGUUCACGUCUUUGACGAGUGCAAGGCGAAGUAUGAGCAGAUCAUAGGCACCAAUGAUAUCGAUCUGACGCCUUUUGCUCGUGCAGGCGGUAAGAUGAUCUCGUGGCAUGGUAUGGCCGACGAGCUGAUAUUCCCUCUUGGCAAUGGAGACUAUUACCAGCGCGUCCUCGACCGCGACCCCAAUGCAAAGGAUUACUUUCGAUUCUUCUACGCCCCGGGUGUCGAACAUUGUGGCGGUGGCGCCGGCUACGCUCCGUCGAGUCCCUUCCAGGCGGUUGUCGACUGGACCGAAAAAGGUAUUAUUCCAGAGACUCUUGCAGCCUCUGGUCCUUCGGGGAAUCGAGAUUUAUGCCUGUAUCCCCUUGUCGCUGUCUAUAAGGGUGGAGAUACAAGAGACGCGAGUUCAUAUGAAUGCCAGAAAGAUUUCAAUGUCAAAUAA